GCCACCGGCCCUCUGGGAGAGUGGCCCUUUAAGAGCUCAGGUGUGGGUCAGUCCCUGAGCACACUUUCAGUUUUGACAGCAGAAUCCAGUGCCCUGCUGGCAGCUGGGCAGAGAUCGUGGCCCUGGAUCAACAGGAGAAAGAAAGGCGCUAAAACAUCUCACCCACAAGGCUCCAGGCCCCUGGGGAGCCACAGCAAUGAUGCUCUCCGUGCUUGUCUCCCUGCUGGCUAUCUUCCCAGUGGUCUCCACAAAAAGCCCCAUCUUCGGUCCCAAAGAGGUGAGCGCUGUGGAAGGGAGCUCAGUGUCCAUCACAUGCUACUACCCACCCUCUUCUGUCAACCGGCACACACGGAAGUACUGGUGUCGCCAGGGAGCUAGCAGCAGCUGCAUGACCCUCAUCUCCUCACAAGGCUACGUCUCCCAGAACUACGCAGGCAGAGCUAACCUCACCGACUUCCAAGAACUUGAUGCCUUCGUGGUGAACAUCAGCCAUCUCAGCCAACAGGACUCUGGACAUUACAAGUGUGGCCUGGGCAUCAACACCCGAGGCCUGAACUUUGAUGUAAACUUGAAAGUCAGCCAGGAUCCCCGGCUACUGAAUAACACCGAUGUCUACACCGAGGACAUAGGCAGUACAGUGACCAUCAACUGCCCUUUCAAGAGUCAGAAUGCUAUUACAAAGAAGUCCUUGUGUAAGAAGACAGAUGAGUCCUGUGUGUUAGUCAUCGACUCAAAUAAUAACGUUCACCCCAGCUUCAUAGGCAGAGUGCGCUUGGUUGUUCAGGGCACUGGCCAACUGGUGUUCGGCAUCGUUAUCAAUCAGCUGAGACCUAGUGAUGCAGGGAUGUAUGUCUGCCAAGCUGGGGAAGGUCCUAGCAGUGACAAAACGAAUGUUGAUCUCCAGGUGCUAGAGCCCAAGCCUGAGCUGGUUUAUGGACAACUGAGGGGUUCGGUGACCUUUGACUGUGCCUUGGGCCCUGAGGUGGCACAUUUGCAAAAGUUUCUGUGCCGGGUGAACAAAGAGAAAAGUUGCGAUGUGAUCAUUAACACCUUGGGGAAGAGGGACCCAGCUUUUGAGGGCAGGAUACUACUCAGUACCAAGGAUACAACUGACGGCCACUUCAGUGUGCAGAUCACAGGCCUGCAGACAGGCGAUGCAGGGAAAUACCUGUGCGGAGCCCACUCGGACGGACAGCCCCAGGAAGGCUGGCCCUUACAGGCUGUGCAGCUCUUUGUCAACCAGGAGACCAUAAUUCCCCAGACUCCCACAGUUGUGAAGGGGGUGACAGGAGGCUCCGUGGCUGUGCUCUGCCCCUACAACCCCAAGGAGAGCAAGAGCUUGAAGAACUGGUGUCGCUGGAAAGGGGAGAAUACUGGCCGCUGCCCGCCGCUGGUGGACAGCCAGGGGCUGGUUCAGAAUAAGUACAAUGGCAGGCUGGCUGUCUAUGAUGAGCCGGGCAAUAGCUCCUACACGGUCAUACUCAAUCAGCUCACCACCCAGGAUGCGGGCUUCUACUGGUGUCUCGCCAGCAGCGAUGCUCGCUGGACGACCAUGGUGGAGAUCAAGGUUGUUGACGGGGAACCCAGCCUCAAGAUAUCAAAAAACACAACUGCUGCGUUGGGAGACACUGUCAAGCUGGCCUGCCACUACCCGUGCAAAUUCUAUUCCUAUGAGAAAUAUUGGUGCAAAUGGAGCAAACAGGGCUGUCAGGCCCUGCCCAGCCAAGAUGAAGGGCCCAGCCAGGCCUUUGUGAGCUGUGAUCAGGACAGCCGGCUCGUCUCCGUGACCCUGCAGUCCAUCACCAAGGAAGACGAGGGCUGGUACUGGUGUGGUGUGAAGCAGGGCCAGAGCUUGGGAGAGACUGCAGCUGUCUAUGUGACAGUGGUGGAGAAGGCCAGGGGGUCUGGUGCUGUCAACGUCGACCCACCUGUAAACAGUGCUCCUGAGGAGGAGGUGGUACAGUCCCAUAGUGAGGAGUUUGAGAACAAAGCUGUCCUGAACCCUAGGCUUUUAGUAGAGGAAAAAGUGGCGGAGGACCCAGAAAACCAAGCCGGUGGGAACAGAGCAUCCAUAGAUGGCAGCAGCUCUGCAGGGCAAGGUGGGAGCUCCAAAGUUCUGCUCUCCACCCUGGUACCCCUGGGACUGGUGCUGGCAUUGGGGACUGUGGCUGUGUGGGUGGCCAGAGUCCGGCACCGAAAGAACGUGGACCGCAUAUCCAUUAGAAGCUACCGGACGGACAUAAGCAUGUCAGACUUUGAGAACUCCAGAGAUUUUGGUGGCAAUGACAACGUGGGUGCCUCUCCAGACACUCAGGAGACAGUGCUUGAAGGGAAAGUUGAGGCCAUGGCCAACAUUGAGAGCACCAGGGACACUGAAGAGCCCAAGAAGGCAAAAAGGUCAUCCAAGGAGGAAGCCGACAUGGCCUACUCAGCCUUCCUGCUGCAGUCCAGCAACAUUGCUACACAGGCCCAGGACAAGCCCAGUGAAGCAUGAGCAGUGCCAGCCGCUGUCGCUCACCAUGACAAUCACCUUCAGAAUCACAUUGAUCUUUGGGGCCCCAGCUUCAGGGCCUCCCCUGCCUGCACUCACACCCACAUGAGUUUUUCUCCCUGUCCCGAAGGUGCAAUGCUCCGCCUUCACCACCCCUUGGUGACAUUAAAGCCUGUCCUAAUUUCUGCUGUUAGGGUGAGGAGUGCAAGGAGCUCCCACCUGCAGCUUCUGUCUGAUGAGAAAACUUAAGGGUUGGGGAAGGAUUCCAGUCUUGGAGGGAGCACCUGAAAGCAGAAGGGCCAGCUUGGGGCCCAUCUCAGGAAAGAGCCAUGUGGAGCCUCUCUGUACCCUGAGGGUGAGAAGUCAAGGAGAUUUUUCCCUCCACUCCAUCUCUGCCCCUCUUCCUUCCUCCCCUUUUUUUCCUUUAUUCCAAGGACACAUGUGACUCUUACUAGAAUUCAGGUGCCCUGCUAGACUCUGGGAAAGGUGUGUCUGCAACCCAGCUACUGGCUAAAACGCUAUAAAUAUCCCUGGACAAAUCCUGUGCUUCUCUCUGUGUCCGUCAGCUCACUAACAUCCAGCAUCUCAUAUCUGCCCUUUCUGGGUGACAUCAUAAAGUGCCAGGGCCUAAGGCAUACACACAGCCUUUACAAAUACACACUCAGCACCACAUAGAUAAGAACAGGGAGGCCCUGAAAGAGACCCUUGGGUACCCAGUGGCAUAAACCACUCUCAAGCCGGAUUUGACAUCUCCUAUCUUCUUGACUACUGAUCUUUCUAUGAGAUCCCAGUCCCCUGUUGGAGGCAAUUUUAGAAUAAGGUGGAAGGGGAAAAUGUACAUAGAGACAGACUCUGUCUAGGCCCUAACCUGGAAAAGACAACUUUUCCCUUCCUGUCACUCACAUGGAUCUGUGAUGAAGAAACAGUCAAAUUCAACUGGAAGAGUUCCCUCCAGAUGGACAGGAGGAAGAGGCAUUUAACCAAGCCUGGGAAGAGCUGAUCUCCCAAAAGCUGAAGGUGCAGGUCUUUUUCCUCUCGGCUCAGUACUUCACCCAGCAUCUACAAGCUUGUACUUGCUGACAAAUCAGAAAUGUUACUUAAUUAAAGCCCGUGAUUGCCACUAACAA